CCUGAUUCUGUAUCUUGAAGGGCUUUACGGCUUUAGUGCAUUAUUACUCAACUCACGGUCCAUCUCCAUAGGCUUUUGAUGGGUCUCCACUCUAGAUGGGUUUUGGCCCACCUUCAACUUCAAGAAGAAGCACAAUUUUUAAAGAUGGGUUUCCUUUUUUUUUUUUUUUUUUUUUUUUUUUUUUUUUUUUCUUUUUUUUUUUUUUUUUUUUUUUUUUUUUUUUUUUUUUUUUUUUUUUUGACAGAGAGAUGGUUUUCUUAUGCUGGGGUAGACCUUCUUCUGAACAGCAGAAAUCUUGCAUAAACAAGUCGGGAACUUUCAACUAUGAUUCGAAAUAUAGAGGUGCUACUGACAAGUCUGUGUCUUCCCUCAAAGAGGACAGGGAGCUCUCUAAUGGUGGUUAUCAUUUGAAUCAUGCUCGUGUUUUGGUUGGUUCUGGUGUUGAGACUUAUGAGAAGGGCAAGGCAGCUCUUGAGAAUUGGAGGCAUUUUGGAUUAAAUUGGGCAUUUGUUGAUCCCAAGACGCCAAUUCGAAGUGGAGUGAAGUUCUGUGUUUGUCUCAAGGAAUUUCUACCGUGGGUCAUGAUGCCUCUUCAGGUGGUGUAUGUGAAGGAAAACAGAAAUGCUAAGAAGGCUGUGGCCUCUUUUGGUUUUGGCAGUGGCACCUUGCAAGGGCACUUACUGGCUGGGGAGGAACGCUUCUCAAUUGAGCUAGAUGAGAACAACCAGGUAUGGUAUGAAAUUCUUUCCUUCUCGAAGCCUGCUCACUUUCUGUCAUUUAUUGGCUACCCAUAUGUACAAUUUAGGCAAAAAUAUUUUGCUCAGCAUUCCGCCAAUGCUGUUCUGAAACACUUGUAGCACUGUGUAUGCAUUACGCUUCAAUAUCAUAAAUAUUGCUUUUUCAAUAUGAUAUUCGGUUCUUGUAUUCUUUUAUUACAUAAAUCUUGUAACAUAUUUAUCUCGAUUGACUUCGAAUUUUAGCUAUGGCUUUUUACUGCUUUAGCUCACUUGUGUUAUUUUGAGUCAAGGAGUCUCUUAUAAUAGAAGAUGAUGAUUUCC